AUGAAGAGAGCGGAGCUCGAUUCUGCGGCAUGCGCGGCCACAUUCCAGGCCCUGCCGCCUGACCUGCUGCUGCACAUUCUUGGCCUGUUGUCGGCGCAGGACCUGGCUGCUGUGUCGAUUCAGGACACCUAUGUACGCCAGGUGGCAUCCGACCGCACCCUGUGGGAGCCGCUGGCGCUGGCUCGCUGGCCAGGCGCCGACGCGGAGCGGCAGUACGCCGGCAACUGGCACCGCCUGUACCUUGUCCGCGCCCCGCUGAACCACACCUUCCCCCUGGCCGCCGACCGCGUGCGGGCGGUGACGGCCGCACAGCAGCAGAGGCACGCGGAGCAGCAGCAGGUGCAGAGAGGCGCUGGCAGCAGAGGCGAGUCGUCUGCUGCGGCAGCAGGCGCUGGCGGCCAGGGCGGGCACAGCGGCCGGGCGGCCAGCGUGGCAGCGCUGCCGCACCUGGCGUUUGAGGAUGUCAUGCGGCAGACCUUCAACGCCGGGCUGGCCUGCAGCAAGGACAGGGCGGUGCGGCGGACAGCGGAGUGGCGGGAGCUGAAGACGGACCUGACGUGGUGGGCCACCCAGCGGCCCGAGGUGGUGGUGGCGUUCAUCCGCAGCACCCACGAGGCGCUGGCGGCGGGCGGGCGCGGCGGGUGGAGCGACACGCCCUGGCGCCGCUCCGCGGUGGCCUUCCUGCUCGACCUGGGGCUGCUGGUGGGGGCGCACGCCAGCGUGGCCAACCGUGUGGCGUCAGAGGCGCGGGCGCUGGACCGCGCCAUUAGCGCCGUCCAGCGCGAGGCGAGCUCGGCGGUGGCGGGGCCCGACGGCAUCCCAGCAGAGCACUGGUGGUUCAACUGA